CACACACACACACACACAACAGCCAAUACACACGUGGGUUUCAACGCGCACUUUGCUCCAACCACCUCCCACCUUUGAAGGAUCGUUCUUCCCCCCUAACCCCAUCUCUCGCUCCGUGUGGAUCCACCCAUCGCCAUGUCUGCGCCCGUGAGCAUGUCGUCCAAGAAGAGACCGCCUGCGGUGCGCAGGGUGAUCGCUGCCCCGCGCAAAGCGAGGGAUCCCCGCUUUGACAGCAAGUGCGGCACGCUGGACGAGCAGCAGUUCCAACAGGCAUACGGGUUCCUGGAUGAAAAGCGCAAGGCCGAGAUGAAGCAGAUCCAGAAACGGUUGAAGAAGGUCAAGAACGCAGAGCGCAAGCAGGAGUUGCAGCGGUUGCUACAGAGCAUGAAGGAACAGGAGAAAGCGCGUGAGCAGAAGGCGCGGCAGCGAGAGGCAAAGGUGAAGCGCAACAAGAUGGUCAAGGACUCAAAGGGCAAAUACUUCCUCAAGAAAUCCGACCAGAAGAAGCUGGAGCUGCUGAGCAAGUUUGAGAAGCUGAAGAAGUCGGGCAAGCUCGAUAAGGCACUGAAGAACAGACGCAAACACAACUUGCAGAAGGACAAGGCCGCAGUCGGCACCAGGCACUGAUGGCUUGUUUGUAUCCUGUGUGUGUGCGUUUGUGUACUGCGUUGUGUGUGCUGUGUGUGCAUGUGCAUGUGUGCGUGUGCGUUUGUGUGUGUGUGUGUGUGCAUGUGUUGUUGUGACAUGGCGUGCAUGCGACACGCGAGCGAUCCAGUUGCGUAUGUGUGUGUGUGUAUGUGUGUGUGUGUGUGUGUGCUGUGCUGCACCCGUCGCAUUUGUGUAAGCAUAUCCCA